AUGGUCGGACAGAUCGUCAAGGCAGUACAGAUGGUUCGGAGGGAUGGCGGCAUCACGCUACGAGACUUCCUGUGCGAGGCAGAGCGCCCUGUCAACAUGAGGACUCUCUCCAGCGUUUUGGACCCUGCUACUGGAGAAGGUGAUGUCUCAGAUAGGUGGCAAAAUCUCAUCCUGGUCACGACCUUGCUCGUCAAGAGAUACAAGCUGGCCGAGCUGACCGACGCUGCGGGUGCCAUUGUUGGAAAAGCGCACAUUGAGGGGAAAUACUCGGAUGAGGACGAUUUCAUGAAGCUGACGGAGGAACUGAAGGUAGUCAAGGGCCAGAAAUGA